GCGGGAAGCCGAGCGGCCGUGCAUCCUCUUCCGCCCCGGCCCGGAAGGGUGAUGUGGCUGGACCAGCACCGGCCUCACUAUGUCUGCCAUUUUCAAUUUUCAGAGUCUAUUGACUGUAAUCUUGCUGCUUAUAUGUACAUGUGCUUAUAUCCGAUCCCUGGCACCCAGCAUCCUGGACAGAAAUAAAACUGGACUUUUGGGAAUAUUUUGGAAGUGUGCCCGAAUUGGUGAACGCAAGAGUCCUUAUGUCGCCAUAUGCUGUAUAGUGAUGGCCUUCAGCAUCCUCUUCAUACAGUAGCUUUGGAAACUACCAGCAUGUGAUUGCCAUCAGACUGUAAACAAGGACUUGGCUCCAGAAAAUAAUGGGGAGAAUGGUUAAGCCAUUUGUCUCUGAACAUGGAAUGAGAUAAAUUUCAAGAUGCUGUUCUCUAUUUUUUAUGCGAUUGGACCAAUGAGCUGAAUGAAUAAUUAAGAUGUAGCAGUCCAGUACACAGGAAUGUGAUUGUAGCCAUCAACCUCAGUUCUCUCACUCCAGUAUUACAUUCUGCAAAUGUCAUUCUGUUGGGUCAGGACUGCUUUUCAUAAGGUUCUCCAGGCACGAAGUAGAAACCCAGUGACAAAUUCCACAGGCUCCUUUGACUAGAGCUUCAAAAUAAUGUCUUCACAGAAUGAUACCUUCUAGCGACUGGCCUAUUUUUAUUGAGAAAAAAUAAUUGUUCUAUUUUUGUUGUUGUUACUGUUCUUAUGGAUUGCAUUCAUAUUUAAACCCUUUUGAUUGCUAACCAGAGUACCUCUAUUCUUGACAAAUCCGUAGUUUAUUACAGGUGUUUAAAGUAUUUUAAACAAAACUCUGAAUUUCUUUAGCAUAAGAGUUGACUUUAGUCACAGAGAUACAGCUGCCUCCCUAUGACAAAAAGUACCUUAGAAUAACAAGCAACAUUAGAGCGGUGAGCAAGUAAGCAUCGUGCAUUCUUUGUUCUCUGUAGUGAUGGCUUCCAAUUAGAACGUCCAUUGUACUUACCCAAAGGUGGUAUUUGUGCUAGUCUUAAUGCAGUACUUUAAAUCUAGUUUAUGUUCUGUCAUCUGGAACUGGAAUCUCUUUUGUAACUUUAUAGGUUAUAAAUAUCUCAUAUCUGCUUUAGUCUGGGUACUAUGCUCUAAGUACGUUUCAGCUUUGACACAGAAUGUGAAUAGACUUGAAUGAAGCAUAUAUAUCAAAGGAUACUUACAAGUUUGUGUCCAACAUUUCUUCAAGUUCAGCUGAAAAUCAGUUACUGUUUCAAAAGAAAAGAGGAAUUAAAUCCUAGCUGAAAACUA